AUGAAAAAUUACCCCGACUCAGAGUACGGAUUUUGUGGUCUCAAAUGGUUAGAUUUUGUUUACUUUCUGGAAGCGGUUGCAGAAGUAUGCGAGUGGUUUAAAUAUAUGCCUCAGAUCUCUGUAAAUUUUGUCAUGGGAGAAGCUAACGGGUUAAGUUUAAAUCUAAUUGCAGUAGAGUUAGCUUCAAUAGUACUUCUUUUUGCUUCCUUGACAUCCAAGGCUAUCUACAAACAUAAAUUAUACGAAAUAACUGAGCCAUUGUCCCUAUUUUUUUUGGUUUUAUUUAAACUUCCUAUUAUUAUUAAACUUUUGCAUCAGUUUUUUAAGUAUCAAGGUGUCCAACCAAAGAUUAGACAAACAUUAUCGUUAUCAAAAAAGAACGAUGAUUAUGAUCAAAUCCAAAAUGCGUUAUAUGAUGAAGAAGCGAUGGUUGAUGCAGAUGAUGCGACUGAAUUAUCUGUUUUAACUCCCAACAAAUAG